AUGGAACACGGGAACGAACACUUUCUUUUACAAUUACCUUCUAUCGACCUGCAGUCGCCUUCUAAAAAUACUCAACCCCGUCGACCAGUCUCAAUCACUUCUUCCCCUUCCUCAUCCUCUACACAUCCAUACAUAACGUCCUCGACACCGGGUGCAACAUCAGCUUCUUCCUCUGCGACCCCAUCAAGUCAACAUCCACUUGCUCAGCCGCCCAUAAACGCUGCGACCUCCGCGACUCCUUCUCCGGCACCAUUGCCUUUCCUUUCGCUAGCGCCGCCACAGGUGAAUUCCUUGAGGUCCGCUCUGGUUCGUAGGAGAUCGUCCUUCCCACCUGCUACUACACCAGGUAGUGGUAGUGCCAGCAACAUCUUUCCUUGGGUUAUGGGUGGAACACCAGGAGCAAAUGGAUUUGACUGGGGAUCAGCACUGGAUUCGUUUCCUGGUUUCAACUUGGAAUUAGGCGAAGGAGCUUCAGGAGGAAGUGAUAUCACCCCUGGUUCGCUAGCAUGGGACACUUUACUCAAUGUUGAUACCGACGCCAAACCUUCGCCGAGCAAGCUGAAUCCAUCGGCUGUCGAUUCUACCAAAAAAUCCGUAUUAUCUGAGACCAAGACUACCACCAAUCCUCCAAUUCCCAGAGCGAAAUCCGAUCCUUUGUCUGGUGACAAUCCCCUACCCACGCCUGCAGAACCUUUCACAUAUCGAACAAUCGCUCCCACACCGUCGAUGCUACCACAGGCUGCGGUAUCGCCUGCCAGGGUUAUCCAGCUGGGUACGGAUUUAGCUUGGAGGACAGCUUUGGCUAGUGUCGUCGAGGUGGAAGGAGUCGGACAGGUGACAGUGGCAAGAGUGUUACAGGAGGUUUGGCGAAGAGGUGGAGGGGAACUCGUCACAAGUCAAUGUCUAUGGCCAAGCAUCGUUAUUGCUCUGUCUCUGCCAUCCGAACCUGGUCCAGGUGUCCGUGUACCCAAUCCUUCCGCUCGAUCAGCUAUGGCCCUUCAGCAGCUUUAUAACCUCAGUAUCAGACACUGGGAACCAGCGAUCCUCACUGGACUUCUUGGUGCUUACGGAUCAGCCACUUCUCCUUCCAAUUCAGCUGCUGAAGAAAGCACCAACGCUUUUGCGCCCAAUCAGCAUUACGGACCUUCAACACCGCUCAAAGAACCUGAUGUGUCCCAGUGGAUGAACCUUACACCGAGUGGAUGGAAUACCGAUGCGUUGUUUGGUGGUGGCAGCGACAAUCAGACACAGAGGAACGUAUCUGGUGGUUUCCCAUUCCCUCUCAAUGCUGAUCUAGGCAGUGAAACUUUUGCGGCUCGUCGUACCUCUUUAGCCAAGACCGAUAAUGGGGAGGAAACAAAUAUUAAGAGUAUAGAUGAGAUUCUUGCAUCGAUGGAAGAGGGAAAUGUAGAGAACGAGAGAGCCAUGAUAGCUGCGAACCUCACGUCUGACCUUCAGAUGUCAAACGCUUCCUUACCGCCCUCGGAAAAUGGUGUUGCAUCAGGUGGUCCAAGUCGACAGAACUCAACCUAUCAAUUCCCCACUCCCGAAACUGAUAGCUCCAACUCACCGUCAUCUGGGAAAUCCAACAACAAAUUCCCUGCGACGACCCUUUCACCUGUUUCCAUGGCUUCUCCUCACGUCACUGCCGGCUCGAUAACUUCGACAUUGGUGGGACCUUCACCAACUGCUUCCAAUGUCCAGCCCCAACCUCAUCCUCAAACUGGAGGAAAAUCCUUCUCACAAAAACCUAGACCAACUCAAUUAUCUAUGCCACCUGUGGAAUUCAUUCCACCGCCACCGAUGUGCAUGUUCUUCAACCCUUCUUUCGAGAAUCUCACAGAUGGUAAAGCUGGCAUAUGGCGUGGUGAUUUGGAAGUGAGAGGUCGAGGUGGCGGGAAAUUCCCUAUCUUGGUUAUUGGCGAGAAGGAUACCGAGCAUUUAUGGCAAUCACACCUCUGGCCAUCUACUCUCGCUUAUCCCCUCAAUCAACAUCCAGUAGAGAGUUGCACCAGCACUAUGAUACCUGUUUCGCACCUUGCCAGAGAAGGAUUAGUACCCAUAACAAUGGGCAUGGUAUUGUGUAACGAACCGCCAGAAAAAUUAGCCCCUUAUGUGAACAUGGUUCAUGGAUUACAUGCGGAGGGAGUUGGCUUCCACUUACCUUGCGAAACUCGAUUACCCAUCGUAUUCCUCCCUGCGAAAUUCCACUCUACCGAUCCCCUAUUGCGAUUGGGAAUAGCCUUUAUGGGUAAAACUGGAUUUUCACAUCCCAAUGCACCUUUGCCAUCUUCCAACGCCAUUUCGAGAGGCAGAGGGAUAAAGAAUACCGGUGAAAAUGAGGAUCAGCCAAAAAAGAAAAGGAGAAGACAGAGUGCUCCUGCUGCAUCUGGAGAAAGUGGCGGCGGUAGGGGAAGGAAAAGGAAAGAUACUGGGAUCAUAGUCAUGGGUACUGGAUCGAUGAGCACUACGGUAGGUAAGAUAGAUGAGGAGGGAGAAUAA